UGACCCAUUCUUCUUCUUAUUGGGUUUUUUGUCAUGACCACUAUGCAAGGUGGUCCUCGUCCUCGUCAAGGUUUACCAAGGUACCAAAUGCCUGAAGCGGUGAUGGAAUUGUUUCGUCCACGUGAACCGCUUCCUUACAUACCACCUCCCAAAAAGAGAAAGUUAAGACCACUUGUUGGUGUUGCCCCACUGCUUGACCAGAUCUCACAAUAUAAGCAGCAAGUCAAUCGACCGCGUUGGGAAGAAAAUGGAGAAACUUUUGAAACUCCAGCUAUGAGAAGAGAAAGGAAACGAAAAGAAAAAAGAGAAAAGUUUUUGCAGUGGAAACAAAAACUAUGGGAACAAUAUAGCCCACCAUCGGAACCCAACGCAACUUCGGAUGCACAAAAAACACUGUUUAUUGCAAGAUUAAAACCUGAAACAACCCAACUGAAACUGCAAGCAGAACUGGAGGCUUUUGGAAAGGUGAAAGAAAUAAAGUUGCCUAUAUCCCAAAAGACAGGGCUUCCAAAGGGAUAUGCUUUUGUGGAAUUUCAGAAAGAAAGAGACAUGAGAGAAGCACUUAGAGCACUUGAAGGAAAACGAAUAGAUGGUGCAAGAGUAAUCGUUGACGUGGAAAAGGCGAGAACUACAAAAAAUUGGUUACCCAAGAAGUUGCGAACUGAAACCGUAGAAGAUAGAGACACUAAAGCAGAUAAGAUGAAAACAGUUUCGCCACCUCCUAGUAUCAAAGAACGACAUUCUUCUCCUCCACGAAGAGUCAGAGGCUUUAGGCCUAACCAUUCUGAUAGAUAUAGGAGGAAUAGGUCAUAAGAAGGGAGGGAUGUUAUUGUUGUUGUUCUUUAUUUUGAUCUCUUAUGUAAACUCACAAAUGACAUCAUGUAUUUUUCUUUUGGAAUAAAAGUUAUCAAGCACAAUAUUUCGAGACAAUUGUGAUAUAAGUAAUUUCUUUGG